AUGCAGAUAAGAAUACACUUGAAAACGGACCACCGUUUCAUCCGGCAGUCCCGCUGGGCUGGCUUUUCUCUCUCUUACCAACAGCUGUCGACGUCGGAACCACGUGAACCUGUCCAGCCUUGUCUUCCACUUGCCAGAACCGUUCCGACUGGAUCUCCACCAACAUUUCGCGCAUGUUCAUGUCAAGAGGCUAUCCCCAGGAUAUUUCAAACCGACCCAGGUGGGGGGCUGAUUUUGUCAGCAGCUAGCAAAUCCGCCAAAAAUAGUCCCAUCCCUACUGGAUGGUUGGGCCGCUGGGCACUUGGAAUUGAAGGCUCUGUAGCCUCAUCGAUGAUAUGCAACUGCUGGCAGUAUGCAUUGAACUAUGCUAGCGUCGUUCAGGCUCUUCUGUGA